AUUCUAUGUGUUUUUGAAGAUUUAUUUAUAAAAAAAGUCCAUCUCCCAAUUGUUCAUUUUUAAACUCUUAAAGCUUUCACUAGAUCGACUUGAAAGGCUGAGCCACGUGUGGGAUGUUUUUGUUUAACAAUUGUUCUUAAUCACAAGUUUGUACUAUGCCACAAAAAGCUUUAUGGAAAUACGUCUCAAUGCGUUUGCAGUAACUUAAGUAAAAGAAGUUACUAAUUUUCAGUGGAUGAAACUUUUUAUCAAUUUCAACUUCGUGUUAAUCUAUCUCUGUUCUUCUUUUAACAACUGAACGACCCGUUUUAAGUCAAGUAGGCCUUGUUAGCACAUAAUUUCUGUGUGACAUUCCUGAAAAUGAAAAUGACAUCGAGGUAUGAAACUUCGAUAAUAGUGCCACAUUAAAGGAAAAUUUGGUCUUCAGUACACUCAAUGUCCGGGGCUUCAAGAGAUGACUGAUUUCAGAGUAUUCAGGACGGUGUUUUACUACUGCAUUGUCAUUAUUACGUUGCCGGUGGUAACGUUCUUCGGUUCGAAAGUAUUCAUAUUUGAAGCAGUGAUGGGUCUUUCAAAUGUGCCAAGCAAUGUAUAUUCAGCGAUUAGUGCAAUUGCAGUGCUUCAUGUGGCGUUGGGGAUGUACAUCUAUAGAGCGAUAGCCGAAGGGAAACCUAGCAAACAGGAUUAAAUGUUUUCCCCUGCUUGAUUUAUUUUAUAUAGUUCCAACUUUCAUUUCAAAUAUAUUUUGUUGAAUUCUU